CCGUUUGCUAAGAGCGGCAACGCGAGAUGUUGGAACAACGCCGAGCGCGUCGUUUUGUUCUUUGCAAACUGAGUACAGUGUAGUAGUGAUCGCAGAGUCAAGGUGGCGCUUCGAUCUUCAGCGAUAUUCGCCUGCUACACUCACUGCCGUCAGUCCUCUGUUGCAGACGACACGACAAGCUUUUUCCUCCCUGACCCUCCUCCCUCUUCAGGCCUAGCGCGCAACGCCGUGGAGCAACGAAGGGCGGCAUUCUGCGGAGGGAGCUGAUACGCCAAACAGAAGGGGGAUGGAGAGAAAAAACAAAUGAGAUAAAAAAAGCAGAACGAGAUACGCUUAUCGGAAGGCGGCAAACGGUUCCAAAGGUCCGUCGUCGUGCAAAACGAUCUCCCCAGCGCCGCAUUGUGGUUUGCGGAUUUUUGCUGUCGCAGCAGCCGUGCGUAGCAGGCAACACCGAACAGGCACCGGCGUUCGACGACGUCUGCUGCCCGAGAGGACGUAAUGCUCUCGGAUUUCAGGAUCCCAGCAGCUGUGCGCGUCACCGCAAAAUGACGUCCGCGUUCCCUGCUCUCCGGUGUUUUUGCUCAUGAUGGGGCGUAUUCCAACGCGCAGGAGGACGUUGCCCGUCGCGUCGGCGGCAUGGACGGGAUUGUAUGCGUUUCUCUGGUGUUCUGCGCUAGCGGUUGCGCAGUCGCCUGACACGUGCCCCGAGCUUCCAGAGCUCAAUAUUACAAGGAAUGGAUCCAAUAUAAUCCUACAAAGAGCAAGGCCCCCACCCUCUAGUCAAGUAAACGAGAGUAGCUGUAUCUGCUAUCCAGUCAUCGACGCUGAACAAGACUUUAAUGUCACAUGCGAAAGCGCCACAAUUGGGAAUGUUACCUGCGAUACCAUACCACUCGAUCAAGACGAAAAAAUUGAGAUUGAGAUCAACGAUGGAAUUUCUUCUAGCCAGGCGUCCGUAUGCCAUAUUUCCAACUGCGGAAAGAAGAAUUGCAGCCUUUUCGACGCCACCAAAGAUAUUGCAUCUGUCAGUGACCUGAACAUCACGUUGGUCAAUCUCUCCAUGGCUUUCGUAUCCUGGAGCGUUCAUCAACAAUACGGGCUAGGAGUAAGCCAAUUUCGCGUAACAUGGUGCACACAAGAAAUCAACUGCUCAUCAGAUGCGACUUGCUUAGAGGAAGAAUUCCUAACUUCAGAUCGCAACGUGACGGAUACGAGUACAGUCAUAGAGGAUUUGAGCCCAGCUACAAGCCUGAGGCUGCGAGUGACGCCUCUUGGUCUUCAAGGGAACUCUUCUUUUGGGUGUAUCGAAAUACCCCCUGAAGAACCUGAACGCAUCAAAACCAUAACAGCUUCUCUACACGGAUUGGAUGGUCUUCAAGUGCAGUGGACGCGGCAGGAAUCUUUCAACGCCUCAUACGAUCACUACGAGGUCCGCUACUGCGUGAUCAACGAAGAUACGCUUUGUCCAAAAGAAAAGGAACGUUACCUCAAUGAAUGCAGCAAUGCCACAUCAGAAAUCGAAAUGAAUCAGAGCAGGUACAACAUACCUAGUUUAGAGCCAAAUAGUGUGGUGAUAGUUGGAGUGGCUUCAACAAGACGCUAUCCAAUCGGAAUAGUGGCAAAAUCGAAAGAGACAGUAAACUGCUUCAAGUCGCCUGCUCCUGGAAUUAUCACAGGUUUUAGUGCCAAAGACAUCACCAGCAGAAAUGCUACUGUGCUGUGGACGUUCCAGCAAGAUGGUUACAAGGAACUGCGUCCCACUUCGUUCAACGUGACGUGGUGUGUCGCGACUAAGCAUCAGUGUCCUUCGAAUGCCUCAGCGAGCCUCGUGUGCACAGAAGACACUCAACAAACCAUGCGGACAAACGCACCCAAGCUGAACAUGAGUAGUUUGCCUGCAUGGAGUGCGCUAUUAGUGACAGUGGAAGCUUUGUACACGAACGGAAGCGAGGAGGUCUCUCUUGGGGAACCAGCUGCUUACUGCUUCCAGACGAUAGCAGAAGCUCCCGGAAAGCCAAGGGACCUGCGCAUUACUGCUCUAGAAGCGACGAGCGCUGCUUUCGAGUGGCGGGAACCGGAAGUGAAAAACGGUCCAUUGGACGGUUACAUCCUCAGUGUGUGUAGCGUGAAUGACACAGUGGAAUACAACUGCACGGAAGCUACAAGUCUACAGGUGAUGAUCAACGAUUCCUUCACGUCGGCGUACACAUUGAGCGGCCUCGAUCCGUGGACUAGGUACACGGUUACUUUGAUGGCAUUCAACAGAGAUGCUGAUGGCUCCGAGAUGGUCAGCGACGCGUCCACCGAAGUGUUCCAUACGGAGGCAGUGGCACCGGGCAGCGUAACCAGGCUCUCCGUCGUGGACGUCACGAAUCGCAGUAUCUCGUUGAACUGGAGCAAGCCUGAGUUUAGAGGUGGCAAUGUAGACCACUAUGAGAUCACACACUGCACCGUGGACAGCUGUGAAGCUGCCGCCAAAGUGUCUAGAGGACUGGAUUCAGAGUCGAGCGGCUGCCAGACUUUGCGAGAAACGACGGAGGCAACGCACCUCACCAACUUGCAGCCCUGGAAGUUUAUCGCUAUUCGUGUGGCCGCCGUGAACAUCAUGAAGAAUGGCAGCCAGCUUAUCGGGGAGGCGGCCACCCUUUGUGAGAGGACAAAAAGAGGAGUGCCCGGAAGACCAGAAGACAUGAGCACAACAGCCAACACAGACUCAAUCGAGAUCCGUUGGGAACGUCCACUUGUGCCCAAUGGAGAUGUAUCCCAGUACAAAGUCGACGUCUGCAGCCAAGAUGAGCAUAAUGAAACUAAGUGCGAAACCCGCACAGUUCUUGGACGCGAAACUCACACUCUCAUCAAACACCUGCUACCAUGGACUAUCUACUCAGUAUCAGUGGCUGCACAGAACAUUGAAGACACCACUGUGUUGGAAAGCGAAUCAGUGAGGACAACUGUGAGAACGCCUCCUGCGGCCCCCAGCAUGCCACGGAACUUGAAAACGACAGAACUACAUCACUCUAUCAGCAUCGCCUGGGAUGAGCCUGAAUUUAAACGGGGACCACUACAUGGAUAUAACAUAUCCUGGAUCAUAGAAGACUGGCUUGGCCGAAUAACGUCAGAGGGAUCGAUGGCUACAAAUAACACUGAAGCCCAGCUUUCAACAUGGAAACCAUACUCCAAUUACACAUUGUCUGUGAGAGCAUUUCAUCAGAUUGAAGAUGGCAAACCUCUCUACGGUGACGCGGCGCUGACGGCUUUCAAAACGGCUGUGGACGCUCCUGAUAAAGCAAAGCUUAACACGGUGAUAGGAUCACGAUCAGCUGCCAUUUAUUUGAGUGUGUACGGUUCUCCAAACGGACCCUUGGAUGGUUUUGUCUGGUGGAACUGCAUCAGAAGGAAGGACAGCAUGGCCCACCAUGAAAAUAAUGGCCAAGAAUUGUGCACCAGGGAAUCAAACACAACACAGCGGCUCCUGCUUCUGGAGAGUCUCAAGCCGUGGACAUGGUACACGUUCGCGGCAAGAGCCUACAACUUGGACAAAACAGGGUCAACUUUAGAGGGAAACGAGACAUGGACUCACUACAAGACGAACCCGGAUGCACCUUCGUUUCCCGGCAACUUUUCCGUGGCUCGUUGCGAGUCCAGACGCCUCUACGUCAACUGGUCUGAACCCGUCGAGAAAAACGGGGAACUCGAGGGCUACGUCCUCUCCUGGAACCUUAGUGUUGAUGGCCGUGAGGUGAACCACACGGAUAUCGGCUCGCGAAGCACGGUGAUACCAUGGCUGGAGCCGUUCACUGAGUAUGCGCUGGAACUGCGCGCCUACAAUGUGUUUCACUCGAAGCGCUUAGAGGGUCCUCCAGUUCGAAUCCUUGCUCGAACACUGCCAGAAGCACCCGGUCCUGUUGUGGGUCUAGACGCGAAGGCCUUCAAGAAUAACACCGUGCACCUCACCUGGCGUCCUCCGAUUCAGCAAAGAGGAGAGCUCCGCAGCUACGUGGUCGCCUACAACGCCACUAAGCCAGGCAAGCCAGCGAUAACGAAUGUCCCUAGCGACUUCCUGAUGGCCUCAAGUGCGUGCCAUGGAGCACCUGCUGUGUGCACCUUUGAGGUGAAGGAACUGCCAGCUGAAUACAUCUACACCUUCGACGUGCGUGGAAUCAACGUUAAUGUCACCGCUUGGGGAGAUGCACUUGAAUCGCCGGUUCGGGUGGAGGUUCCCGCUGGAGAUCCUCCGCCUCCGAAAAACAUGUCAAUGCUGGCCGGCGACGGCCCCUCCGCGCCCGAGCCGGACACUCAGAAGAUGUUCCUGAUUACCAGCGACAUGUUUGACGACAGGAACGGCGAGAUCAGACGGUACGCCGUGGUCGUUGGGUCCGCCGAGCUUAUUCGCAAAGAUGUUGAAAAUGGUACUACGUGGAAGGACCUCGCACGGAACCACCCUAUUCCUCCACACGUGGUUACACCACCAGACUGGAACCCCUUCACCAAGGCCAAAGACGACGAUGACCCGCUGAACUGCGAGCCACUGCGAGGCCGAGAACGAACUCUCAUGUGCACCAUCGGCUAUGAAAGUUGUGACGAUGACCGGGAGACCCCCUGCAAUGGGCCUUUGAGAGGUGGAACAGAAUACGCGAUGUACGUCAUCGGGUACACAAAAGGUGGGAGGCGUGCCAGUACUCCUGAGGUGUUCGUUACAGCGCUUCCAGAGGAGCCCAGUUCCGCAGGAGCAAUCGCAGGUGGUAUACUGACCGCCAUCAUAAUAAUGGCUGCCAUCCUUGUGGUGCUUGUGAUUCACAGGAGGCGGCUGGCGCGGCAGAAGCAAGCGAGCUCGAAGAGACCGUCUGCCGAAGCCAGCAACAUGAAUAAUUCCCUCGUGCAUUUGGUACAGAUGUCCGAUGUAAAUGGGUCGACAACAAAGCCCAGCCCUCCGAUGGUGCAGGACGAACAGAUAGAAAUGCAACACCACGUCAUCAAAGACAUCAACAAACCCAUACCUAAGGCAGAGUUCCGGGACCACCUUGCGAUGAUGAUGAAGGAUUCAGCCUACAGGUUCGCCGACGAGUACGAGAGACUGGUUGAACUCAGUGCGCAGUAUCCUUCUGACGUCGCGAGACAUCCCGCAAACAGCAAGAAAAACCGGUUCACCAAUAUCCAUCCGUUCGACAAGUCCAGGGUGCCUUUAUCCGUUGUAGGGGACGAUGAACAGUCAUCCUAUAUCAACGCAAGUUUUGUAAAGGGUUGCAACGCGGAUCGAGAGUACAUUGCCGCCCAGGGACCCAAUGCGCUGACCGUCAAUGACUUUUGGCGAAUGAUAUGGGAGCACGACGUUAAAAUCAUCAUCAUGCUCACACAGUUCGUCGAAGGGAACAAGAAAAAGUGUGAAAAGUACUGGCCCGACGACAACAAAGAGCACUCCUACGGAAGCGUGCAAGUGCGCAAGGACUCGGCUGCGGAGCGAGAAGACUUCAUUCUGACUGAAUUCAGAAUAAAAUCUGACGAUUCCAGCAAGUGGCGUAGCCUGCGCCACGUGUUCUUCACUGCGUGGAAGGACCAUGGCACCCCGGAGAAGCCAGAUACGCUUAUACAGUUCGUGCGCACCUGCCAAGAAAUGUUCAGACCCAGAGGGGGUUCACAGCCACCAAUCCUCGUGCAUUGCAGUGCGGGAGUUGGAAGAACCGGCACCUUCAUCGCCCUUGACAUGUGCUUGCAAAAACUCGAAGUCGACGAUGAAAUCGACAUUUUCCACCUUGUCUUGGACUUGCGCGAAUGCAGACGGUGCAUGGUACAGAAUGAGAAACAGUACACUUACCUUUACCACUGCGUUGCUGCUGUCAUCGAUGAAAUGUGUGGAUAUACAGUACAAAAUGAACCUAUAUACGAGAACGUCGCUGCCCUGAUGUCCGGGUCUACCUGCUAAAAACGCCUACAGAGUUCAGCCUCUUCCGCUUCUCGUGAUAACUGUGGCUGUGUAAAUUUAGGAAGAAAUGCUCAAUUUUUUUAAUUCUCUUGAAGUGCUAUUCUCUUGGUUUGUGGAGAUGUCUCGGGGAAAUAGGGUAUUAGAAAUUUUAGCUUGUACCAAUAGAACGUCUAAUGUUGCGCGUAAUUUUCAUGGUCCGAAGCAAGGAACGAAGCUACAGACACUGCGCAAACUGUCAACAAUAAUAUUGAGCAACCACUGUGACCUUUGUAUACAUUGCGACAGUUCUUGACAGUUCACGCUCUGUGUGUAUUUUUGUUUCUUACUUCUGUCUGUGUUUCUUGCUACACGUUCUAAUGACACACCAACAGGCCCACGUAGCAAACUUAGUUAUCUUGUACCCUUCCACAAAUCGGUAAAUAUCUGUUACACAUUACUUUCUUUAAAUAAAGACAACACGCACGCACUAACGCGGUUUACACAAGCACACUUUUAAUUUAGAAGCUUUCUCGGCAAUAGAAUAUGAAACUAUAGUUCUCAAAAUUAAUUUAACACAUGGGCAACAGUGCCCUGUUCAUCAUGGCGACUACGAUGCCUUGAAACUGUAUAUGCGAAUUUCAGUCAUUGUGCAAUGAUAAAUUGUAAAUGUUUUAGAAUUUCGUUUCCCUUAUCCUCACAAUCUAUGUAAUCUUUCGUUCUUAAUGUGCUGUCCGAUAGACUAGGAGACAUGCUGUCGAAAUUCGUGCCUUGAGAGUGAGCGGGUGCAUAAAUGUCAGCCUAGCAUCGUCACCGAUAGAACUUUUUACAGCCAUUCUAAGAGCAUCAAAUCCUGUUCUCUGUUAACAGUUUUUUUUGUUUGCAAAUGGUGGAUCUACAAUAUAGCCUAAACUAAUAUUUAUCUUGAAUAUCACUUGCUAACUGACCAAGCUGUGAGACCAGGUGCAAGACUUGUUGAAUCCAAACAUUUCGCCUUCCUUGUGAUGAAAGCGUGUGUAGAGUGAGUUGACUGGAAAUCAGGUCGCUUCUAACGCUGGCUGCAUGCGAUAUCAUAUCACAAGGCUUGCCUAGCCUGAUGCUGCAACACUUUGUCGAGCUUGUCUCAGUGCAUCAUAAGUUCCACAGAGCUGUGCAAAAUGUUCGUAUGCUUUCUAAGAAAUGAAAGUUCUUGAAAGUACAGCCAGUGCUGAAUCCUAUUUUUUUUCUUGUUAAACACUACUUUAUGACAAGUCAAUGCAUCAUUUUACUUACAGGGCAUUCCUACCAUUCUGACACAAAGAUUUCUUUGCAAAAAGCUGAUAUAUUAUGUACUAUUUCAAGUAUUAUAUAUGCCUCAAAAGGAUGUAAAAGGCCAUUAAGAAUGUCAAUGCUCGGAGGUACGUAGAAACAAUUACUUAGUAAAUGAGCCCUUAUACGCACAACUUCAGGGUAAAGUAAAAAUACUACAAACAGAAACAAUAAUGUCAGAGGUUUCACCCAACAUAGAGAGUUAAUUCCUUUCAAAACCGCUGCACAGGUUAUAAUGAAUUCACUGCAAUUCACGUUUAUUCAGAAAGAAAACAGCCUUUGAAGAGAUAAGGACUAAAGCUAAAUCAGCUUGACUAGGCCCAAGAACCCACACUAAUUACGCUUUCGUACAUAACGAUGAUCUUUGUUGGUUCGAUGAAAGUAAUGUGUAGAAAGAAUCAUAUGGACUAAAAAAUGUUGUUUACAAGCACACGGGUGCGAAGACCAACAAUAGGGCUGGAGAACGGCUGUCUGCAAUAUCAUCCGGAAUAGUCGCAUGAUCUGGUAAAAAAUGUUUAACAUUAUACAUCUUUAUCCUAACGGCGUAUUCUAGUACCAUGUAGAGAAUUCUUUGCACUUAUUUCCUUGGCCAUAAGGAGAGAAUGACGAGUUUGCUUUAUUUACAUUCCCGCAAUUUUUAGUCACUGCAAUAUCUGUAAAUAAAGUGUGAAUUUCAUUGUUUUGAGUGAAGAGUGUUUGUAAUUUAGCCAAUACAAAGUGUAUGUUCUACUUGAGUGUGAUCCUUUUCGUUACAUGAAGCACACAUAUAUUUUUGUUUCAGGAUAUUUCAUGAGUAAAAAGCGCAUUCCAUUCAGUAUCUUAUAUAUUGUGUUUAUAGUAAAUAUGUUUCGUUGGAAUAAAUACAAAGAAACAUUAC